UGUUAUUGUUGUUGUGGUUGUUGUCGUUGCUAAAGUUUGUUAUUUUGACGUAUUUUUAUAAUCAACAGGUCAUAAAAUAAUGCUGCGUAAAAUUUUGUUUUGCCUUUUUUUGAUUUCGACAUACUGGAGUUCUUCAGUAAAUGCUCAAACAGAUCAAUCUUUCAAUGGCAUUUUUAAAAUGUUGGGUUUGGAAGAUAUGUUUAAAAAUCUUGGUAAUGGUACCUCUAUCAAAGAUUAUGAGAACGCAAUAAAAAGUAUUGAUUUCAAAAAGCUUCUUGAGACCAAAAAAGCAAAAGAUAUGAUUAAACAAAUGGGAAUCGAUCCAAACAUGGUGGAAACUUUAAUCUCUAACAUCAACAUGACCGCGUUGAUGAGCGGUAUCGAUGUUGAAAAAAUUAUCAAUGGUGUGCUUACUGGUAAUACAACGAAUGUGGUGAAACUUGUUUCGGAAAAUUUUGAUUUUUCUAAAAUCAUUCAGACUUUUGAUAUCACUAAUAUUUUGAAAACAAUGUUGGAACGCUAUGCAUUGGGUGUGUUUCCAAACGUAAGUAAAGGUUGUGAGGAACAGUACAAUCAAUUGAUGGCACCAUUUAGGAACGUAUCUAUGGAAGCUGCGUUACCACUAGCUUUAAUUUCACCUCUCGGGAAAUACAUAGAUUCAUGGGCCAAACUUCCACCGCGUAUCUUGCUUGGUAACUUAAAAUGGUUAGGUGCGUUUGAUGAGUGCAAAUCGAUCCCUAAUGCAAAGUACUGUCUCACCGGGAUAAAGCUGUUUAACUUGGACUUACUGCAAGGAAUGUAUGGCAGCUGCAUACCGAAUAAAUGCACUUUUGAGGAUUCGUUUAAAAUCAUGAAAAGUCUCGAUAAGCCAUUAUCAGGGAUGUUGCAAUUCACAUUUCCAUUGAUGUGUGAAAAGCCACUAGAGUAUAGUACUGGCUACUACUGUACAAUCGUUUUGUGCUCCAUUUUGUUGAUACUGUGUGCAGUUGGUACCGUAUUUGCACUGAUUUGUUUUCCUCUUCGACAAUCUACACGAAGAGACAAAGAAGGUGUCGCCUUAACAAAAUUUGAAUCAAAUGGCGAAACAAUCACAGAAAAUGCUGAAGAGGAGGACGAAAAAGCUGUAACUAAAACGCAGUCAGCAAAUUUCUUAACUGGUUUUCUGUCCUGUUUCGACUUGAUCAAGAACACAAGAACUGUCCUGUCUACAGACGUUCCAAAUGGCGCCAUUUCUUCUAUAAACGGAAUUCGCGCCAUUAGCAUGAUGUGGAUCAUACUAGGACAUACAUAUUACUACGGAUCAUUGAACGUAUUUGACAACAUGGGAUCCACUGCGUUAAUCUUCAACAGAUACAGCUUUUUACCCAUUGGGAAUGCAUACGUUUCAGUGGAUACGUUUUUCUUGUUGAGUGGAUUGUUGGUUGGAUAUCUUGCGUUGAGACGAAUGGACAAAGCUAAAGGAUGGAUGAAAAUAAACUUACCUAUGUUUUAUCUUCACAGAUUUAUUCGGUUGACUCCACCUUAUAUGUUUGUUAUUUUGCUUUGGAACAACAUCUUUCCAAUAAUGGUAACAGGACCACUUUCUGGAUUUGUACGACUAAAGGAGUUUAAAGAGCCUUGUAGAAAGUACUGGUGGACGAAUCUGUUGUAUAUAAAUAAUUUUUACCCAAAGAAAAUGUCGGAAGAGUGUCUUGGUUGGAGUUGGUACUUAGCGAAUGACAUGCAGUUUUAUGUAGCCGCUCCUUUCAUUCUCCUCCUAAUCCAUUUUUUUGAUCGUAAAUACGAAAACAGCAAGUUUCAAUACUUUGGAGCAUACAUCGUCACUAUUGUUGGUUGUCUACUUUGCUUUAUUGUCAACGCCUCUCUCUAUGGCGCAAAUGAUUAUCCAGCUCUUAUUUCAGCUGCAACCUAUCCGGGAAAUCCUAGGGGUGGUAAAAUUAGCGAGGCGCAAGACACGAUAUACAUCAAGCCAUAUACUCGCAUUGCCCCUUAUUUGAUUGGUCUAUUUUUGGGUUAUGUGCUGUCAAGAAAAAUAUUGAUAAAAUUUAAAUUUAAAAAGUUAAUCUACCUUGGUUGUUGGCUUGUGGCGUUCCUCGUGGCGUACGGUGUGAUCUAUGGCACUUAUGGUGUGUUUAAGAAAGAUGGCACCUUCUUGACUAAUGCUCAAAAUAUAAUGUAUGGCUCUCUGCAUCGCGUCGCAUUUGCUAUUUGUGUUGCUUGGGUGAUAUAUGCUUGCCAUAAUGGCGAAGGAAGGUUAAUCGACAAUUUUUUAUCUUGGCGUUUUUGGAUUCCAUUGAGCAGACUCACUUUUGGCGCGUAUUUGCUUCAUUCGCUCGUUAUCAUGUAUUAUUACGUCUGUCAAGAAAAUCCGUAUCAUUACCAAGACAACAUUAUGGUAUAUCAUUAUAUAUCGAUGGUUGUGCUGUCUUAUGCUAGUGCAUUUGUUCUAGCAGUCACUGUCGAGUAUCCAGUAAUGAAUCUUGAGAAACUCGUAUUCAAAAAUUAGAAAGUCAAUAGUUACACAGGAUGUCAUUAAAAUUAAUUUUGUAAUUUUAUUAAAUUCUUGUGAAUAUAACUAUUUUUAACUUUA